AUUAUUAAUAAUUUAUAGACUAUGAAGUAAAGAAUAAAAAUUGUGUAUUAAGAAGAGUUCAAUUUAGAAAGCUUAAUAGGUUUUAGAAGGAUAAAAAAGAAAAUCAAUAAUAAACCUAUACAACUAUUUAGUGAUGAAGAGAAUGAAUCUGAUUAGAGUGAUGGAGAUGGAGAGAUUCAUUUUUGGGAAUUAGAUUUUGUUAUCAAUUCACCAAAUUCAAAAUAUAUUGCAUUUGAUAUUAGUAAAGAAAACGAUUAUAGUGAACGAAGCUAUUUUCAUGUAAUUAUAGAUACAUCAACGAAAAAGAUUAAGUAUUAAAGGAAAUUUUAUGAUGAUUCUAAUAUGUUAUUUACUUAUGAUUCUAAAUACCUUAUAAUAGAAGAUGAUUAAAAAAAUACUCUUGUUGAUUUAGAGACCUUUAAAGAAAAAUUAAUUGAUUAAAAAGGUGACUCAAUUAUCUCAAUCGAUUCAGAAAACAACAUUUAUAAACUUCAUUCUAAAGCUGAUGAUUCCUGCAAUCUUGUAAUUUACUCGAUUUCUGAUAAUUCAUAAAAAAAAGUUAAUAUGAGAUAGGAGAUAAUUAAAGAAGAAAUUAUAAACUUUGAAAAAAUUUUCUAAACUUAUGUGUUUGUUGAAACUGAGAAAUAAGUCUAUUUGCUAUCUUUAGAGAAUCAUAAAAUAAUUCAAAGAAGCUAAUAAAAGCAAUCUUACGCGGAUAGCAAAAAUUUUGUUUUUAAAAAUUCAAUUAUUGUAUAAUAAAACGAGAAGCGAAAUAAAAUUUAUGUUAAGAUCCUCAAUAAUUUCAAAUUAAUUAGGAAAUUUAAGAAUGCUAAUGAUGCAAUAAUAUUUAAAAACACCUAAUCCAUCUACAAAUACAAUUUUUGUUCAGCGAAACUUAAGGAUGGAGAUAAAAUAGAAAGGACAAAUCUCAUAACAGGAGUUACUAUUAAGCCUGAUUUAGAUUUAGGAAAAUAUGACAGAUAGUUUCAUUAAUAAGUAUUUAUAACAUAAAAUUAUUUACUUGAUUUGUCAAAAGCAAAACUAAGAUAUUUUAGGAUUUCAGAUUGA